GUUCUGAGUGCAUGUGCGUUCAUUUCCUCCGCGUGUUUCAGGGAAUGGCUACACACGGACGAAGCCGCUCCGCUGGUGGUUCCGCCCCGCAUGGAGAGGAGCGUCGAGGGACGAUGUCGUCACCGGCAAGGGAAACGAGUCGAGGAGGUGGACGUGGGGAGGAAGAACGACGGGCUCAAAACUUGUGGUGCGAUUACAGCAAACGUGUCUGGUAUUUGGACUCGGCGAGCCAGGACGACUCCGACCCGUUCAAACCACCAUGCGGGCCGCUCUUGUUCGUCGUCGUUCACGUCGAUAGGACGCGUCUCGCAGGGUCCAUCGUCGAGUGGGUCGACGAAGGCGAAUACAAUUUCAGGUUUACGUUGCGGAAGAUUUACAAAAGUGAUGGUUCCGUCGACGACAUCGCGAAAGGAUGCAAGGUUGCCGGGAAGAUGUUCUGCGGAAUCGAUGACUCCUCGUCGUCUGGUCGAAAGGAUCGGUGCGUUCGUUCGAGGCAUGCAGGUGGCCAAGGUUUCGCCAGACGAUCGCUCGGGUGGUUCGCAGGUUCGAGAGGUGCGCGGGUCAGAUGAGACGACUCGUCGGGCCCGACCUGCGCCUGCACAACUGCAGAUGGAGUUGAGCCAGGAACGAGAAGCAAGUGGGAACGUCGCCGGUGAGGAGGAGGCGUUCGAGCAGGGGCUGUUCCGUGAGAGAUCGCCUGAAAAGACUCAGUCGGGAGGCAAGCGCAACUUGCGAGAUGAGGAAGAGCGAGAGGGAGUAGGUGCUCUGAAAAGGCAGAGAAAGGAAGGAGGGAGUGCUCGAACGCCAACAACACGAGACGGCGGUUCCGUUGAGAAGAGGAAAAGGGUUGGAGGUGGGGAUGAAACGCCAAAAGACUCGUCGACACAGCGAAGAAUCGGUGAGUCUUCCGGGAAACGGUCGAAAUCAGCGAGGGAGAAGAAAGUUGAUGAGGGGGACAGCGGGGAGGGGGAUGACGACGUGGAGAUUAACCUCAACGCCUUUAACCUCGACAAUGCGUUCUUCCUCGAGAUGAAGACAGGGGUGCAGAGGAACGUCGUGUUGCAGAUCCAUCCCGAAAGAAUAUUGGCUAUUCCAGACUGGGAAGACGCGUACAACCACCGAUCCUUGGACGAGUUUCUCGUUGAUACCAUCGCGUCGGCUAUGAUCGACUGCUACGAACGUUCUCGCUCCGAUCAUGACUCCGUCUUCGCUUUGGGGGAGAAGUUCUAUGAUGAGUGGUCGAAAGGGAAACUCCUUCCUUCCAACGGCCGGCGAUGGACUGAAAAGCCACCCACCCAUGAGGAGGUGGCCAAGCUAGGACUCUCCACUGUGACUGACAGCCAGGGGCUAAAGAAACACGUCUGGUACGUGAAGGUGGACGACCCGUCGUUGAAAAACGGCAAGGGGAAGCCAAAGAAAGGCGCGGAGGAGAAAACUUACUACGUCCAAGUUCCUGAGCCGGACGUCCACUGCUGGAAGGAAUUGGUGCACUCGACGGACCGCGAGAACAAAAGGUUGUUGAACGGCGUCUUGAACCUUAACGUUGUGUGGGUUCAAACGAGUAGCAAGAAGUUGGCCGAGCAGGGGAAGUUCAGUGUGAAGGAGAUGGUCGACAUAAUAAAAAUAGACCGGAUUAUGCUGAGAUUGUGGCACUACGUGAAGUUCGAGUACGAGGAAAUGGAUAAGCGGGAGUGGAAUGCCAACUCCACGUUCUUCAGGUCCAAUCGCCAACUGUUGGAAGAGUUCAAGGACAAAGGUCAGGACGACAAGCUUUGGAACGAGAGCAGGAAAUUUUUCACGGACACCGCGUACGUCAACAAGUGCCCUCAGUUUCUCGGGUGUCAACACCACAACAACAUCAAGAGAACGACGGCCCUCGUUAACUACCAGCAUUUCCCGGCAGAGUGGAAGCGUGUCGUCCUUUCGGUGAUCACUGGAGAUCGCGCCAAAGGCAAAAAAAGCCCUCGAGGCGUUGAUGAAUGCAUCAACAUUAUGUGGACGAGGACAAGCGCCUUAACGACGCUGGCCUUGUUUAACGUCGACCCAUUGAGUGCCAUAGCUCAUAAGGAGGCGCUGGGAAAACUAGGGCAUUAGCUACGCUCCCACACUUGCGUGCUCGACUUGUGCGGAAUUGUGGACCGUGCUCAAUGGGACUCUAGGGCAUUCGCGUC